UUAACCUCAAGGACACAGGGUUCACAGGUAGUCAGUUAGACACACUGAAACAACACAAAAGGCAAUAUGUUAUACUGCUCCUCCUGGCAACCUGCAGCAGUCAAGAUGGAUGAUGUGUUUUGUGUGUUUGCCCUGGUCGCCCUGUUGCCCGUGUCCCAGACGGUGAAGCUGACCGGCCUGUUUGGCAGCUUCACCUCCCCAGACUUCCCCCGCCCGUACCCCAACAACCAUCACGCCGUGUGGAACAUCAGCGUUCCGGAAGGUCACCGGGUCAAACUCUACUUCACCCACUUCAGCCUGGAGCCCUCAGAGAACUGCCAAUACGACUACAUCCAGGUGCUGGCCGAGGCAAACGAGACUUUGCGUUUCUGUGGCGACGGAGAGAAAGGAUAUGAGGACGCUCCUAGGAACACGGUCAUCCUGUCGGCCGGGAACGUCAUGUCUGUGGUCUUCAGGAGCGACUACUCUAACGAGGCCCGUUUCACAGGCUUUCACGCAUUUUACACCUCCGAAGAUGUCAACGAGUGUCUGAGCCUGGUAGAGGGGGAAGCUGUUUGUGAUCAUUACUGUCACAAUUAUGUUGGUGGCUAUUACUGCUCAUGCAGGUUGGGAUACCUUCUCCAUGACAACAACAGAUCCUGCACUGUGCCGUGCCAGGUCCAGGUUCUGACAGAGGGGUCGGGGGAGCUGACUAGUCCAGGGUACCCGGCUCCCUACCCCAGCAUGUGCACGUGUGACUACACCAUCCGGCUGCCACAGGGAUCCCGGAUCCUUCUGGACUUCCCCGAACCCUUUGACGUCGAGGGUCACCCCGAUGUCCCCUGUCCCUACGACAACCUGAAGAUAUCCACAGAGGGCCAGGAGUACGGACCCUUCUGUGGAUCUUCCUCGCCUGGACAGAUCGACACAGGAAGUUACCAGGUCCACAUCACGUUCAGGUCUGACGCCUCAGGGAAAAACAAAGGGUGGAAGAUCAAGUACUCUAGUGUCACCACCACCCAGGAACAAAGGGUGAAAUAAAUGUCACAUAUGUUGGUAUGACCCAAUAUGUUAUGGAUUUUAAGAUGCAAGCAGAAUAAAGCCAGUCAUCUCCAAAUUGAUUCAAAUUAUGUCUUUGGUUUAGCGAAAAAAUCUACAGGCAUAUGGUUUGUGGAUGCAAGUCCGAUUGCCAUUAUUUCCAUUCACAUUUUCCAAUGUUUUUUUAUUGGUGGUAAGUAAUACAUACUGUUGCUAAAGUGAUGUUAAUACUGUUAGAUGUCUUUAAAAGAUUUGAACCAAUUUGCUGGUUUCUAUUCAAAAGUAAAAUGUUUUUUAGUUUAACUAGUAUCUGUCAUAAAGUUAACCAUACAAAAUAUAUAACAGUGAUCCUUUCUUGGGAAACCUCACUAUUACAACGAAAUGCAAAGAUAACCUAAUAUCACCCUAUUCAAACUUGACUUCAGUCUGAUGCAUAGACUUUACAAGGUUCAGUAAUUCGCUCCUGAAAACAUUGAAUUAAUGCAGUGAAGUACUUUGAAAGUCAAAUCAACUGCUGGUCUCGUAGAAACAGUUCAUGGUG